GGAAGCUGUUCCCCCUUGUCCUGUCACUCCAGGCCCUGAUGCCCAGUCCCUCUCCAGCUCCCUUGGAGCUCCUCAGGUACUGGGAGGAGCUCUGAGGUCUCCACACAACCCUCUCUCCUUCCCAGCCUCCUGGCCCUCAUACACCUGCACUGUGGGACCUGUCCAGCUGGAUCCAUGGGCAGGAAUGUUGGCUUGGAGAAAUCCCAUGUUGCUGAGGACAAGUCCUGAGUUUGCAGAAGUUCUGCCUGCUCUGAGAAGGGCAGCUCUGCUUCCACAGGAACCCCGAGGCAGCACCAGCUGGGUGUGUGCAGGGUCCCCCCCGUGUUCUGGUGGGACUCUGAGCAGUGAUUUUGGAGUUUGGGAGCAGUCAGAGCUCAGGCCUCACCCCUGGGCAGCCCCCCUGCGGGGAGGGGGAGCUUUGGGCUGUGUCAGGAGCUGUGGGACCGUCACUUCCUUCGUGCCGGUCACGAGAAAAAACUGCAGGAUCAGCAAGAAAAAACUCAAGGGGCAGUUGAAGAGAAAUAAAAAAAAAAAUAAAAAAAAUAAAAAAUAGCACCAACAGGUAGAAAUCCAGGUGGGAACAAGGCAGGGAGGAUUCCCAGUGGGAUCACUGAGUGCAGGCCACGGUGGUGAGCAGGAAUUUCCUAGAGAUCGUUGGAGUUUUGAAAGGAGAGGUGGGAGAACUCCGUGGUCCUGCUGUCCUGGAGCUCAUGCCAGUGGUUGUGUUCCUGGUGUCCUGGAGCUCAUCCCAGUGGUUGUGUUCCUGCUGUCCCGGAGCUCAUGCCAGUGGUUGUGUUCCCAGCAGUGGGAAGCCAUGGCCAUCCUGUUUGCUGUCGUGGCGAGGGGCACCACCAUCCUGGCCAAGCACGCCUGGUGUGGGGGGAACUUCCUGGAGGUGACGGAGCAGAUCCUGGCCAAGAUCCCCUCGGAGAACAACAAACUCACCUAUUCCCACGGCAGUUACCUGUUCCACUACAUCUGCCAGGACAGGAUUAUUUACCUCUGCAUCACAGAUGAUGACUUUGAACGCUCCCGAGCCUUCACGUUCCUGAACGAGAUCAAGAAGCGGUUCCAGACCACGUACGGCUCCCGAGCCCAGACAGCCCUUCCCUACGCCAUGAACAGCGAGUUCUCCAGUGUCCUGGCAGCACAGCUGAAAUACCACUCGGAGAGCAAAGGCCCCGACCAGGUGGCAGAGACACAAGCCCAGAUCGAUGAACUCAAAGGAAUCAUGGUCCGGAACAUAGACCUUGUGGCGCAAAGAGGGGAGAAGCUGGAGCUGCUGAUCGAUAAAACAGAGAACCUCGUGGAUUCGUCAGUCACUUUCAAAACAACCAGCAGGAACCUCGCCCGGGCCAUGUGCAUGAAGAACCUCAAGCUCACCAUCGUCAUCAUCAUCGUGUCCAUUGUGAUCCUCUACAUCAUCCUCUCAGCAGUGUGUGGGGGGCUGGCCUGGCCCAGCUGUGUGCAGAAAUAACCAGAGCUGCUGCUGGGCCCUUGGAGAUGAGUGCCAGGAGUGUGAAGAAGCAACCUAUGGAAUAACUCACCCGUCACCUCCGCCACCUCCUCAUCCCUCCAUCCCUCCAGGACUUCAGACUUUUUUGCCUUAUCACCCCAGAGGGGCCCAGAAGGAGCUGUGACCUCCAGAGUGGGCUGGGCUGGAUUACUUGAAGGGAUUUCUUUGUUCCUUUUCCUGUCCCCACGAAUGCCUUCCUUCCCUGUGUCCCUGUGGCUUUGCACUCGGAUGGGGAACGGGCCUGGCCUGCCUGUGAGGAUGGAGCCAGAGGGUGGUUUGGGGUGGGCUGAGCCAAACUAACAGGGCAGGGAUGAGAUGGUUUGAGUUUCCACAGUUCCUGGAGAUGCACAUCUGGCCACAUGUGGCUCUCAGUGCUUCAACACGGGAAGGUCACGGCUCUAAUCCCGGUGGGAACAAAACGAACGGGGCUUUGUGCACUGAGAGGUGGGAAAUCUCCCUUUUCCUGGGGAGUUUUCCUGCAGGUUUGGGGGGUCACCUCAGCACUUGGAAUGGCUGCCUCUUCAUCCUCACUUCUUCCUCAUCUCCCCCCUUGGUUUGUGGCUGGGUGGGCACAGUAAAGGAGGCGGCUGCUCAUGGUUCCAGCUGCAGUCACGGAUCUGCUUUCUCCCAGGUCAUUUCUCCUGCUGUUCUUUGGAGGGUGGAUUGGAAUGAGUACAAUGCUGGCACUGGCUGGGGUGAAUUUGGGGGCCAAUCUGUUGCUCUGGCUUGAUCAGGUGUCAGGGAGCUGCUGCUUGUGCUUCUCCUGCUGUGAGUGCUAAAACCACAGGCCAGAGGAGGGCUGGAGGUGCUGCCUGGGGACUCCGAGGCCUGAGGGAGAAAGGCUCUGCCAGAGGCAGGAAUGGGCUCCUCUGGGAAGAGUUCAAACCAAACCCGAGGCUGAGAACCAAAAGCAGGCUCAGCUGGGCUGUUCCUGUCCCAGCUGCUCCCCUGAAGCACCAGCCAGGCCUGGCUCCUGGGGGAGUGGUAUCCACACUUCUGUCCUGGAGCUGACGGGCUCCUGUCCCAGAGAGGAACCAGAAACACCCCCCACGUGGGCUCCAAAGGAAUCUGCUUCCUUCAUCCCAGGGAAGUGGGGUGGGGUGGUGGCACAGGAAGGGGACUGAGCUGGAGCACGUGGUCGGUGCUGUGGGGUCCUGGUGACACAGGGAGGGGGGUGAUGUGACACUGCUGCUCCUUCACUGUCACACCCACCCUGGAGCUCCCACAGGAAGAGUUCUCUAAACUCACAGCUCCUUUGGAUUUGUGUUCUGCUGGGCCCAAACUUCACCAAGGGUGAUGGGACCUGGAUCCCCCCCCCAGUAAGAGAGGCCACUGGCACCUGCUUCUCUCCCUGUAAAUGGAAUGUAAAGCUUGGAGAAAGCCCCCCCUCAGCUCCUGCAGCCCCUGUACAGCUGUGCAUGUUUGGGGGGCCUGGUGUUAACCCUGUUCAUUGCCAUGAUUUCUUGUCUUAUGUACAAACAAUUUUUAAAGAAAAAAAAAAAAUCCUUCCUUUCCUUUCAAAGGAUGCACUGAGGCAUUAGUGUAAAAACAAAAGGUAACUUGAUUGAUUUCAAUAAAAUUCCUGUACAGAAA